AUGGCAGAAAAUAUGACCACAACACUGAACUCGACCUCCUUCACAACUCCACCAUCCCCUCUCAAUACAACUGUCAUCACGUCCAAUGCCACCGUCAAACCCUUCAGUGUGUUUGAUGGAUGUGAUUUACAGGUGGAGGGCAUUCUCUUUGAUUUGACCGUGCAGAUCUUCAAUGUGAUUGUGGGACUUCCUGCCAACAUCCUCGUCAUUGCAAUUCUCAUCCACAAUCGCAAGGAGCCGUCAACAUCAGAUAUAUUCCUGGGCUGCCUGGCCUUCAUGGAUGCAUACUUUGGCACCAUGGUCCCUUUCAGCUUCCUGAACCUCUACUACUGGCACAGCAAGGAGGUGUGGUCCGCCAUUAAGUUUUCCUAUGGUGUAAAAGACACCAGUGGGCCUCUGUUCCUCUCCUGUAUCUGCCUGGACCGCUUUGUGGCCGUGCUCUUCCCUGUUGCAUUUAGCCAGCUGAAAGACACCAAGUACAGGGCAGGCCUCUCUGUGCUGGUCCUCUGCCUCACUUUUGCCUACGCCUCAGCCAAAACUGUGGGAGGUUUGCCCAACUUUGAGAAGGUGUUCACUGGUGAGGUCCUGGCCACAUUCACCUGGAUGAUUGUGUGUAACCUCAGCAUCCUGUGGGCUCUGAAGAAGUCCCGUGGGGCAGGAAAAGACGAGAUGCACCCCAUGAAGAAGAAAGCCUUCAAGAUGGUGCUCUUCAUCCUGUGCAUCAUCAUCUGCAACUAUCUGCCCCCUGUAGUGCUGUUCCCCUUUGAAGACUACUACCCCCCUGAUGCCUUCCGCUGCUACGUGCAGCCGGUGGGCUUCGCCUUCAUCAACAUCAGCAGCAGCAUCCAACCACUUAUCUACCUGUCCCGUUUGGAGCAGGUUCCCUUCCUCCCUGAUGCCUGCAUUCAGAGGUGUCGCACGUGCUGCAAGGCAGAAAAGAACAAAAUCCCACCUGCGCAAAACCCACCUGCUUAA